AUGGCCGAAGCAAAUUAUGGCUUCGAAAUGGCUGUCAGUGGCGAGCUUGACUCCAACCUGCCUGCAUUCCUGGACGCAGACAACUUUGACGAAGGGGACAUAAAAUUUCCUCGCAGCCCCAUGGAGCCCCGGAUUCCGUAUGAAGAGAUCAAGUGGUUCGAGGUUGCUACUAAUGUCAACACAUCUACUAGGCGUGACUAUGAUCUACCCGCUCGGCCACACUUUCGCCUUCAAAAUGCUGGUGAACCACCCAACCAACUUUUUCCUCCCGCUUUACUACAAGAUCAACGUCUAUGGCCGUCCGAGAACCCUGCUUCGUCUGGCUCGUCUGGCCCUCACUAUCGCGAUUUCGCCCUCCCUCAGCUUACUCUGACCGGCGCUUUCUCUCAACUACGGAACUUGGUUCCUGCCAGCGCCCGUCCAGACCGCGAACGAAGGUUGAACAGGGCGCAGGGGAGGGAGCCCGCAGCCAUACGCAUCAAGACUUGCAAACACUGCGGCGGCGUGUAUGUUUGGGGGUCCCGACGCCUGCACGACAAGUCACAUUGUAUGGCUUUCGAAAAGGAGAAUAUUGACCCUAAUUGA